CCGCGGGCCUUUACUGGCGAGUCGUGAAACGUCCGCUGGUCAGUACUGGUCAGAUGCAAGUAGUCAGUAGCGGUGAAUGAUCAUCAACGAAUACACCGUGUUCGGUUUUGAGCUGCAAGUGUCACGAUAGUACCACGAUCAGGUCGAGAAACUAGUUGCGCGGUCGUCGUUCGGAACAAUGUUUUGGUUAAGAAAAAUCUCACGAGCUUGGCAAAAGUCGGAAUGCAACACGAAAACAACUUCCGCUAUCGGCGAUGCAUCGAAAAAUCAAACUCCGCCGACGCUUCUUUCGAGUUUGAGAAGCGUACUCUUCGUUAUCGGAACUGUAGUGAUUGGAUUUGCUGCCUUUUGCAAUUCUCUGACAUGGCAUUUACAAAGAUUCUGGGGUGCAUCUGGCGACUUCUGGCAAGCUCAGUGGGACAAAAUUUUGGAUAAAUUUGGAGAUGAUCCUGUGACACUAUGGGUUUACGGAUCCUUAUCUUUGAUGAUCGUGGUUUAUUGGGUGGUCGGAGGAAUUUACACCAUCCUAGAUAUCACCAAUCGACCAGCGGCGCUGCGUAGAUACAAAAUACAGCCCGGUACGAAUGAACCAGUGGACAAGAGGGAGUUAUGCAAAGUGAUUGCUCAAGUACUGUUCAAUCAGAUCGUCGUCGGCUUUCCCAUUAUGUAUCUCGGCUAUUAUUUCAUGGAAUGGCGCGGUUAUCCCCCGGUACGCGAGCUGCCGACUUUCCACUGGGUACUCACCGAGAUUGCGAUUCACAUAUUAUGCGAAGAGAUUGGCUUUUAUUAUUCACACAGAUUCCUCCAUAAGCGCUCCUUGUACAAAUAUAUACAUAAGCAGCAUCACGAAUGGACUGCGCCCAUAGCCGUCACCGCUAUGUAUUGCCAUCCACUGGAGAAUAUUGGUUCGAAUCUACUUCCGCCUUUCUUGGGUGUAUUCAUCAUGGGCUCCCACGUGGCUACCGCCUGGAUUUGGUUCUCGCUCGCGAUCCUUUCGACGUUAAACGCACACUCUGGCUAUCAUUUACCGUUCUUCCCCUCUCCAGAGGCGCACGAUUUUCAUCACUUAAAGUUCAAUCAAUGCUACGGUGUACUCGGCGUUUUGGAUCGCAUUCACGGCACCGACACGCAAUUUCGCAAUUCACGAAAUUAUGUGCGUCACAUAAUGAUGCUUAGUCUCAUACCGCCUAGGGAAGCUUUCCCAGAUGAGGCAAAGUACAAGUCAAAGUAGAGGGAUUUUUUGGCGGCUCUGAAAGUUACAGAUAAUUUUCAAAAAGAGGAAUUUUCCGCGUGCUGGGUGCAAUAUUCGCAACGGUAACCGGGUUCGAGAACGACAGAUCGUGAACAUAAUCGAUCUCGUCCAGCUAGUGGUACAACUAAAAAGCUUCUUCUGUAAAAUUAAUUUCAACAAAUGUACGAUCUUGAUCAAUCUUUUAACCGAUAUUACUAAGUUAUUUUUCUCCGAUAAAAGGAGUUUGUAAUACUUGAAUUCACAUUUAUAUUCGUAAUAUCAUAUAUUCUCGUACAUUUUAUUAAAAAUAAAAAAGUGCCAUAUCUUUUAAUAUUAAAUAUCUGGAUAUACUAUUUUCUUCUUCAAUUAUUCUUUUUAUUGCUUUCUCCAAUUUAUUCAUUUUUAUGCCAAAAUGUCGGAUCUUUUUAGGAUUUAUUCAAUGUAUUAGGUAGUAUGUUUCUUGCUGGACUGCGUCGCUCGAGGAACUCGGCUAUCCGCUGAUCUGUAUAGCGAUAAUGAUUGUAUAUAUAAAUGUCAAGGUUGGACUGAAUAGAGAAAGUAGUGAGAAGUUUCAUGAAAAUAUAAAACAUGAAAAAUGUAUUUAUAUCUUUAAAAUAUCGAUAGAAAAAAAAUUGAUAACACAAAAGCGCUUCUAAUUUACGUUGGGAGCAACAAAAUGAAAUUUCCAUUAUCUGAAUAUUUAUUAGGUUCAAUUUUAAUAGACAUCUUUUUUUAGUAAAUUUUUUAAUUUUCAGAUUUAUUCACGCAAAAUUUAUAUUAUAAAUUUAGUAAUUAUAUUUUUAAAAUUAUAUACACACGUGACAAAUACGAGGAUUCCCAAUAAUUACUAAAAUUUUUCUUUCAGUUCAACCUGGGCGCCAUAUUCGUACAUCUUUUCUAUAAUAUUUUUAGCAUUAAUGUUAAAAAAGAUGUGUAUUUAAGCUGUACAUUCAUGCACAACUAUAUAUAUUCUUAUAUUAUAUCUAGUAGCGUGAUAUUUUAGUGAAUGAUAUAAUGAAUUGAUAAAUCAGAUGCACAUAUGUACACUUUUAAAACACAUCUUCAAUAAUCCUAAUCGGAGACAGACAACAAUUUACUUUUUUAAAGAUAAAAAAAAUUAAAUAAAAACAUGAAAAUAAAAUAUCUGCAUCAUUGUUUUGUAUGAAAGUACUGUUUUUAAAUUUCCAUUACAAUUAAUAUUUGAAAUCAAGAUAUUAUAUUUGCAGUACUUUUAAUCAUAUUGGCAUUGCAGUGGAAACAUCAGAAUGAAUAAUAUUUCGGACAUAAUUGCUAUUUUUAUAUUUAGUUCCAUAAUACAAAUAUUAGCCAGUCUUGAAAUUACUCUUUAAGACGAGAUCUAAGCAACUGUACUUCUUUAGAAUAAGUAUAACCUGUAUGGUUGGAACAAAAUGUUUAGCGAUCUAGAUUCCUUACAUGGAGUACAAUUGAAAUAUACUCUAAUGAUUAUAUAGAAAUAAAUAUAUAUAUUAACACUGAUAAUUUUUUAUCUAACAAUGAGUGUUUGUUAUAAAAUAUUUACAUAACAUUCUGUAUUUUUCCUGCGAAAAAGAACUCUAUUUAUUAGAAUUGAAUAAAAAACGAAAAUAUACAUUUGUCUUAUUUCACUAAUUUUAUUGAACAAUUUUCAAUUUUAUUUCACAAUGUUUCAUAUAUCGCAGUAUUUCUACUAAAAUCUUAAAACUUCAAAUAAGUACAGAAGAAAAUGGAAAAUAAUGAUAAUUUGAAAUCACAUUAAAUUAACAGAGAUUAGUAAGAAACAAAUUGGAGAUUAAUGUCUAACUGUGCAAAUAAGUGUACACAUAUGUAAAGUUCUCUUUCUGCAUUGUGAUUCUCAUCGAGUAUACAUAUAUAAGGCUCAUAAUUAAUAUGUAUAAUAAUAUUACUGAAUUUAUGUAUCAUGACAAGCUUAUUAAUAAAAUCUUUACAAAUAUCA